CAAAAGGAACCGUCGCAGUGUCGCCAAAGAAAUAUUUAAAACAUAAAAGAACGAAUUAAAAAAAAUGGCGAGAGACUAACAGAAAAUAGAGUAAUGACUUUUAAUAGUGAUACACCAUGACGUAUACAAUACAUUGUCAAUGGCUUCCCGCUAAUAAUGUUUUAUUUCAAAUUGCGAACGUGUGGCUUGUGUUAUCUUACUUCUGUCCACCGACGUUAAAUGGUUUACUUUAUCUUCGUCUUUGUCUUGGUUUAGCCGGGAUAUUUUUUGCCCUUUGGGGAUGGCUAGUGCUGUGUGCACCGGACACUUUUGUGUGGAACUUGUUGUUUUUUGUUGGCAAUUUUUUGCACUUAGGUUAUAUAAUGUUUUCGCGACGUUCAAAGACUUUUGUCCAUGAUAUGGAGACAGUUUAUGACAAGAUAUUUAAACCUAUAAAUACGCUACGGCAUCAGUUUCAAUAUUUAACAAAAGAUUUUGAUACGAAGCUAUUAUCAUCGGGAGAAAUUUGGGUUAUAGAUGGCGUGACAGAACUGAAAACUUUGUCUGUUCUUUUGCAUGGAAGGUAUUUGUUUUACGUAUUUGGCUAUUUGCAUUACAAAUAUCGUGACCUUAAUGCACGAGUCAAUGUAAAUCCCGACCUCCCCCAUCCCGGACAGGGUGGGGAUUUGACUUUGUUCUAAUAUUCGCAAAUGCCCCACAUCCUGGGAACUAUCAAAUUAAAGGUUCCAAAUGUCCCCUGUACCUGGGGCAUUCGCCCGUAAAUUAAGAGUUUUUAAUUAAACACUGCUAAAACAGUUUACAUUUCAAAUAACUAUGUAUGGCUGCAAUGAACUACUAUGAUCGACAACUGGCUCAUUACUAAUCCCUACCCAAUCCCCAUACCAUGAGGAUAAAUAAAUUCUAAAAGCUUCAAAUCCCCCACCCUUUUGGGAGUGUUUUCUGAUCUAAACCCCUACCAAUCGGAAUCCCCUAUUUAUGCAUUACUUAAAACUUGAAUAAUCAUUAUAGCACAUUUUAUAACACAGUUAAAAACAUGACACCAAUUUGUGUUUUUAUUUGAAAUAGGUUGGAUAUCCGUAAACAUGGUCGAGUAGUUCACACAAUACAAGACUGUCAAUUCAUUAAUUCUCCUGAGUGGAUAAUGUCACAGGAUGUACCUUACAUAUUUGAGGCAAGUGUCAAUACACUACCCAUUAACCCAUAACACAAGACCACUCCCUUGAUAAAGACAGAAUAAAAUUGGGGGCACUUGGCCUCGGGCACAUUGCCCCCAAUUAACACAAUUAACGGGUUAAUUAACAUUAUUUUCUCACUAGUACUCUAAUAAUAUAAGUCCUGCAUGAUAGUGGUUGGUGAAAUCCACCUAUUUAACCCUUUAAUUGGGCCUAUAAGUGGCAAUGCGCCCCACUUUAUUAUUUUACUCUGUCUAACGCCAGACGAUUUUACUUGUCAGGGAGAGAGUGCUGCCAUUCAAUGAGUUAAGCUAUCCGAGUUAUAUCAGAGUUAGUUGUAAAAUACUAUGUGAUAAAUCACAUUUGCCUUUUCAUUGUUCCGGCGUCCCUGGCUAUCCCUACCAAUAUUAACCAUUAUUAUUAAUGGCCAACAUUUUCUCACUGAGAAGCAAAAUCAUCUGGCAUAAAUAAGUAUUAGGGUAAAAGUAACUAAGUAGGGGCUGCAUUGCAUCUUGAUGAGACAAACAUGUGCAUAAUAUGAAUUUUGUAGGUAACCAUGCAAGCAAAAACAGAGUGUAGAAUUAUAUCAUGGGACAGGACAAUGUUGCAGGAUAUUCUCAAGAAAAGUGCUUAUUUAAAGGCAGUUUUAGAUGCAGUUGUCAGCAGAGAUGUCGCACAAAAAUUGUUUGCAAUGAACAGAAGAAUACAGAAAUCAGGACAAGGCCUUGCACAUUCAAUAUACUCAUUGAAUGGUAAGUAAAUUGAGAGUAAGGUGUAAGAUCACUUGCGUUUGGCACAUAGCAAGUAUGACACAAUACUCAGAUUAAGUUUCCCUAUGUAAAUAGUUCAUAAACACACAAUGCUUUUCUCUGAUCAUGUGCAUUUAUUAUAGGAAAAUGACAACAUACGGUGCAGUAAGGCAUUCGGCUGAAUGGCCAGAAAUUUGAUUAACAAUUGAAUUAAUGUCUAACACUUUCCCCUGACUAGUAAAAUCGUAUGGUAUUAGAUACAGUAAAAUAACAAACUGGAGCACCAUUGGAGUGCAUCACACCUAAACUGAUCAAAUAUUUUGUAGAAAUUGGCCAAGAACCUGAUGAUGAUGGAACUGUUCAGACAAUAUUGAGAGGUAAUGACGAUCUUGAGUCGGAGUCAUCAGAUGAAGAGAAAAUAUUGCAUGAUGUUAAAACUAGUUUGCUUAGAAAUGGUUAUAAUCAUACAGAUCGAGAGACAACCUUAUGAUUUUUAACCAAUUGUUUUAACUGAAAAAUUAUAUCCAAGCAUGCCUAAAUUUUACAUUGCUGCAAAUUUUAAUUUCAUUGAGCACAACAAUCAAUACCCAUUCACUUCCUGAUUUCAUUAUUUCCUAAAAUUUAUUCAAAAAUAUGUAUCAUACCAGCAUAUGAAUUUUAGUUUUAUGUAAAUAAUUUAAAAAUCUAAUAAUCCACAGUCUGCAUGACCACCAUAUAUAUGUGUGAUUUGUAAUAAUACCAUUGUGAUAAUGUGUAUAAUAAUUGUGUAUGAUUUAACCAAAAUUCUAGAUGGCUUAAUAUUCCUUAAUUUAUAUAAUUGCUAUUUAAAUAUAAAAUAUUAAAAUUUUACUAUAGUAGCUUUGUAAUCUACCUGAGGAUUGAGCAAAUCAUUCAUACUUUUAAUCAGACGUAGUUCAAUUUGGGCGCUGUUUGGUUUGUUGUCUGGUCCUGCUAGUUCU